UACCCUGCAUCCGAGGCGUUUUCCAUCGGCCCGCGCUGCAAACUGGCUUCGGGGGCUCCAGGGGCCCGGGUCUCUGCCCUGCUCUGGAUUUGGGCUUAUCCCGCAGAUCUGGCCCGGGAGGCGGCGGCGGCCUGGCGAGGAUGAGCCGGGACGCCAGGAGCAGACGCGGGGCCCGAGCCCGCCGGAGCCCUGAAGGAGGAGCGCUGCCUCGCUGAGGAGCCGCCGCCGCCCGCCCGCCGGGCUGCGUGCCGCGGGCCCCGGCAUGGACGGCCGCGAGUUCGCGCCCCCGCCUCACCUCCUCGCCGAGCGCGGCAGCGUGGGUCACCGCAGCAGCGCCGGCCGCCUGGCCGCGUCUGGCCACAGCCCCGUGCAGCACCCGGGCCACUUCCAGCCGGGCAAGUUCUUCCCCGCGCCCAUCUCCAUGGCGGCGCACACAGCAGGGAGUGGAUUGAUGGGGAACACGCCCGCCUCGUCCUUCAUGGGCAGCUUCCUCGCCAGCAGCCUGGGCUCGGCCGCCCCCACGCACCCCACGGGCCCCGCCUCGUCCCCCUCGGAGCCGGCCUACCGGGGCCCGCACUCCGGCACCUCCCAGAUCUGGUUCUCGCACUCCCACGAAGCUCCGGGGUACCCCAGGUUCUCGGGGAGUCUGGCCUCCACCUUCCUGCCCAUGAGCCAUUUGGAUCACCAUGGAAACAGCAACGUCCUCUAUGGCCAGCAUCGGUUCUACGAAAGCCAGAAAGCAGAUAACUUCUACCUGCGGAACCUGCCGGCCCAGCCCACCCUGCUGUCAGCCAACCACAACUUCCCCACCAUUGCCCGAGCAGCCCCCGGCCACCCCAUCGGGUCCUGCAGCCGUGACCGCGAGGCCAGCCACGGGCAGAAGAACCACAAGGAAUACGACCGCUACCUCCUGGCCAAGGAGAAGGCGGGCAAGGGGGAGGCCAAAGAGAGGCUGGGGGAGGAGGACGUGAAGGAGCGGCACAAGCUGGUGCUGCCCAUGACGCCCGAGGGGCACUGUAAGGAGGGGGUCCACCAGAGGAGCUCGUGCGAAAACCGGGCCAAGCACCUCAACUCCUGCCUGCUGAACUCCAAAAUGCUCAAUGGCGACGCCCACAAGGCCGUGCUGCCUAGCUGCACGGGCGGCGCCCUGCCCCGCCACGCCGGCAUGGCCCAGAGCCGCUGCCCCAAGGACAUGCUGAGGUCGGAGCGGGAGCUGGCUCCCCACGAGUCACCCCAGCCCUACAGUGAGUGCCUGGAGCGGCGCCAGAUGCUGCACCACUCGGUCUCCUACACCGUCCCGUCCAGCCUGCCCGCCAUCCCGCCCCCGCUCAGCACCUCGGCCGCCACCUUCCCCUGCCUGCAGCUCCACUCCAGCCCCGACGGGCUGUGCCCCUUGCAGGACAAAGCCGGGCGGGAGCUGAAGCUCAGCGGGGCCACGUUCGUGCCGUCGGUGGGACACUUGACCGACAAGAGCAGGUCUUUCCAGGUGGCGGCCGAGGCCUGCAGCCUGGAGCGCGGUGAGGCCAAGGAAAGGCACGAGAUGAGCUUGGAGCACACGGGCGCCUACGGGAACUCCUUCCACCAUCUCAAGGCGGAGGGCAAGGCGGACCGGAGGCUGGAGUGGGCGCAGAGCUCCAACGCCCGGCUGAAAGGCCUGGAGUAUCUGAACAGCGCUGGCUCCGAGGCCCCCUUCCCCAGCCUGCCCCAGGCGCCCAAGGGCGGCCUGGAGAAAGGCAGCUACUUCGAGAUGGCGCCGUCUCAGGACUGCUCCCGCGCCAGCCACCAGGACGCCCUGUGCGUCAAACUCAGCCAGUCCUGCUGCACUUUAGACAAGAGCUCCAAGGAGUGCCAGGGCCAGAGCGCGCAGAAGGUGGCGCGGAUACGGCACCAGCAGCACGUCCCCCCGGAGCUGGAGCUGGCGGGGAGCGGCUCCGAGGCCAGGAGGAAGGCGAUGGGCUACAAUGGAGCCCCUCUGCCCCCCUGGGGCGUGCAGGGGCAAGGCGCGCCCAUGUCCAUGGGCGAGGAGAGGAAGAGCUCCUAUCUCGACCCCUUCAGCACCAGUUUGCAGCAGGCUGCGCUAAUGACUCAGGGCUCGGUGCUGAGCCAGGACACACAGAGCCCCCCCGACGAGGUGUCGGCCAUGAAGAACCUGCUGAAAUACAGCAACCAAGCACUUACCGUGGGCCAGAAGGCCCCCUUCGUGGGGCUGGGCACCAUCAAGGGCAGCUGCGCUCAGCAGGACGGGAAAUUCCAGGCCGGGAAAGGGCAGCAGGAGCUGGAGCGGCCGGACUGCGCCCGCAGCAGAGACCAUGAGCUGGCCCACGGGGAGGGCGAGGUGCGGCAGCCGCCCGUAGGCAUCGCUGUGGCGGUGGCGCGACAGAAGGACACGCUGAGCCGGCCGGAGCCCUCGUACGGCACCAACUCCAGCCGGCAGAACAGGGUGACCAUGGGCCUGAAAGCCGGCUCAGCACGACCCAUGCACGUCAUCGACCUGGAGGCGGAGGAGGAGCGGAGCCGCCUGUGCGAGGAGCGGCUGGGGAUCACGGGCCGAGAGCUUCUUCUCCAGGAGAACAAGGACCUCGUGGACUUUGCCAGGAUCCACCCAUCCAGCGGCUGCCCAGGCGACCUCACCCCCCACCUCAUGAUCGCAGGCGGCUCCUCCCUCCAGGCCGGCCAGUUGGGAGGGGACCCCGCAGCCCACGCUCACCCGGCCCACACGCACUGGCUGCCCCGGACGCGCAGCCCCUCCAUCUGGAUGGGGGGGCACUCGUACGGCAUCAGCCACCCGGCCUUGCAUCAGAACCUGCCGCCCGGCUUCCCAGCCUCCAUGCCCAGCACCAUGCAGUCCGUGUUCCCCCUUCCCCAGGAUCCCCCAGCGCAGCUCGUCAUCCUGCCCACGGAGCCGUCAGCCCACGGCGCCCCGCACACGCUGGCUGAUGUUAUGGACCAGGCCUCGCUGUGGCCGCCCAUGUACCCGGGCCGGGGCCCCAGCUCCCACCUGCAGCACGCGGGCCAGCUCCCCGUCUACUCGCGCUCGCAGUUCCUCCGGCAGCAGGAGCUCUACGCCCUGCAGCAGCAGCAGCGGGCGGCCCAGGCGCUGGAGCUGCAGAGGCAGUCGCAGAUCCAGCGGAAGGUGGAGGAGCAGCCUGCCGAGCUGGACGAGCCAGGCCCCGAGAAGCCCCUCAAGCCGUCCCAUAAACCAGUUGCCUUAACGCCCCCCACCAAGGGCCUCUCCUCGCCGGCCCCCUGCCCUGCCAAGCUCUCACCCUGCUGCCACUCGCCUGCCCUGCGGCAUCCAUCGAAAUGCCCCUCGGUGCAUCCUGCCGCCCCCUGCACUUUACCCGUCUGCCCGGCGCCCAGCUCGGCUGUUGCUCCGCGCUCCCCGCCCGCCAGCCCCAGCCCCUCGCCCAGCUCCAAGAGCAACGAAGCGGAAGACAAGCGGGUGGAGGGGCAGCCGCCCCGGGGCUACCCCAAGUCGCUGGAGCCAGACCUGCCGCCCGGAUACACCUACCCUGCCGUCAGCAUGGGCUACUCCUCGCCGCUGGCCGUGCACACCGCCGAGCCGGCCGACCCCGACACUAUGCAAAGCGUCUCCCCGGCGGCCGAGCCCGAGCAGUCCCGGACGUUCCCUCCCACGGAGGAGCCGUGCCGGGCCAGCGCCGCGGCCGUGCUGGAGGAGGCCGGGCGGGCGGUGCAGGGCGCCACGGCCGAGCCCAAGGCCCAGGCUGUCAUGGGCCAGCAUCUCCACCACCUCCUCCUCCCCCCGGGGCAGGCCUCCGGGGAGCUGGUGGGGGCAGCGACGGGGCGGGGCCCGGCGGAGGAGCUGGGAGAGACGCCCUACGGCCCAGUGCUGGGGGGGCCCGGCUUGGCCUCGGCUCAGGGAGCUCCGGAGGAGAGCGGGGGCCUGGAGGAGCAGCCGGGGGCAGCACAGCUCCCAGGGGCACUGGCAGGCUCCCCCUCGAAGGCCUCGGAGGGCGCAGCCGGGGAGGAGCAGGUGGCAGGGCAGAAGGCCGGCUGCGAAGAGGAGCAGGAAGGCGACUCCCUGAGCCUCCUGAGGGCGGGCACCGGCCUCCAGGGCCCCCUGAGCGGGCUGGACGCACUGAUCAUCGCAGGCAUCGACCUGGGAGACCUCCCUGCCCUGAGCCCGCCCAGCGCGGCCCCCCCAGCGGCUCCCCCCUUGCCCUGCCCGUGCAGCUCAGGAAUCACCCUGCUCAGCGAACUGGCCGACCUGGAGCUCCAGCGGCAGAGGUGCGACGCGGCGGUGGGAGCGGAGGAUGAAGACUUGGUGGCUGUUAACCUUCGGAGCCUGGCAACCAUCGCUGCCCUGGUGGAGGCGGCCGACGAGGAGAGCAGCCCACCCUGCCUCAGCCCCCUGGUGGCCCCCCUGGCCCCCCGUGCACGGGGCCUGCGACGGAAAUACACCUGGACCCCCAAAACCAAACCCGUCUGCCCCCUGAAGGCCGCCAUUGAGCAGCUAGACACGCAGGAGGUGGAGAUGCGGCUGCGGCUGGCGGAGCUGCAGCGCCGCUACAAGGAGAAGCAGCGGGAGCUGGUGAAACUGCAGCGACGGCAUGACCAUGAGCACGACGAGAGCUCACGGAGUCCGGCGCGGCGCGGCCCGGGGCGGCCAAGGAAACGGAAGCAUUCCAGCAUGCUCGGCACCCUGCGGCAGAACAACGCGCUCAGCAGGGCUGACGGCAGGAAAGUCAAGGCCGUGAAGACCAGCCUGUCCCUCCUGUGCGCGGAGCUGCGGAGCGACGGCGAGCCCAAGAAGAAGCGGAGCAGGAUUGCCGAGGCGGCCUACAGCAGCCUCAAGGGCGCCCAGGACAAGGUGCGGUGCAAGAAAAACGCUGCCAAGGCGGCUCACAAGGUCUCUCAGCUGAAGCAGAAAGUGAAGAGCAAAGGGCUCCCAGCCGGCAUCAGCCCCUUCCGCAGGAAAGAGUCCAGCCCCGGCAGCCGGAUCCAGAAGAAACUCUCCAGGGCCAAGAGCACCAAAGCUGCGGCCUCCACCAAGUACCCGCAGCCGGACCCGGCCAGCCGGGAGACUGCUCACUUCAAAGCCACGCCCAGCCCGGGGGCAGCCGGCCCAGACGCAGACUACGAGAGCGAGGACGGUGCCGCCCUGUCGCCUGACGAGACCCUGCCCCCCGCCGUGGUCGGGCCCUCCCCAUCCUCGGUGGUGAAGAUGGAGGCCAAUCAGAAGGCGAAGAAGAAAAAGGAAAGGCAGGGGUUGCUAGGGCCUUGUCGAAUCUCCAGCCCAGAGGGCGAAGUCAAAAUCAAGCGGCGCCCGGGGAAGCCUGGCGCAGGGAAGCUGGAGAAAGUGCCAGCCAAGAGGAAGACGGGGGCCUGCGAGGGGACCGCCAAGAAGAAGCUGAAGGGGAAUCCCAAGGAGAGCCUGCGGCAGCUGGUGCAAUCCGGCGCGGGCAGCCUGGCAGCCAGCAACAGCCCCUUCCCCGGCACCGACGCCAGACAGUUCACACCCAGGGAGGAGGGGGCCAAGAUUUCCAGCGAGCGCCUGAAGAAAGCCACGCGCAAGAGCAAGGUGUUGCAGUCGGCCCUGCGGCGGAAGAACGGGGCGCUGGCCCUGGCCCUCUCGCCCAGGAAUGCCAAAGCCAUCCUCAGCAAAGGCAAGAAGCUGUGCAAGGUGAAGAGCAAAGUGGCCACCAAACAGUGCAAGGGGCGGGCGGUCAGCAAGCUGCUGGAGAGCUUCACCGUGGAGGACGACUUCGAGUUUGAUGACAACAGCAGCUUCUCAGAAGAGGAGGAGAGCCCUCGGCUGGGGGCUGAGCAGGGCGCAGCCCACGCGCACUCCUGUACUGUCCGGAAGGAGGACCUGCGGGACGGCCUGCGCGUGCUCAUCCCCAAGGAGGACAGUCUGCUGUAUGCCGGCAGCGUCAAGACCCUGCAGCCUCCGGACAUCUACAGCGUUGUGAUCGAGGGGGAGAGAGGGAACCGCCAGCGGAUCUACUCCCUGGAGCAGCUCCUGCAGGAAGCCGUGCUGGACAUCAGACCCCAGUCCAGCCACCACCUCCCGCCAGGAGCCAGGGUGUGCGCGUACUGGAGCCAGAAAUCCCGCUGCCUCUACCCGGGGAACGUGGUGCGAGGGCCCUCCAGCGACGAGGAGGAGGAGGAGGAGGACCUGGACUCGGUGGUGGUGGAGUUUGACGACGGGGACACAGGCCACAUCUCAGUAUCCAACAUCCGCCUGCUGCCCCCGGACUACCAGAUCCAAUGCACGGAGCCCUCCCCCGCCCUGCUGGUAUCCAGCACAUGCCGGCGGACGAAGCGGUCCUCCAGCGACGCCCCCCCGCCCAGCGAGGCAGUCCCCAGCCUGUGUGUGGAUGGGCGUGACAGCGCCGAGCCAGCCAAGAACGCCAGCAAGAAGGCCACUAGCAAAGAGAAAGCCGGUAAAGCCGAUGUGCUGGCCCUGGGUGCCAAGGCGCUGCCGCCGGCUGAUCACUUCCUGGGCCGGCGUGGCAGCCCCCUGCUGAGCUGGUCGGCGGUGGCCCAGACCAAGCGGAAGGCGGCCGGCAAGAACCCAGCCGUACUGCAGAACCUCUUUCAGCUCAACGGCAGCAGCAAGAAACUGCGGGCCAAAGAGGCGCUCUUCCCCGUGCACAGCGUGGCCGCCCCCAUCUUCGGCAACGGCUUCGGUGCCGACUCCUUCAGCAGGAUCGCCAGCUCCUAUGCCUCCUUCGGCGCCGGCGCCGGCCUGGUGCUGCCCGGCACCCAGAAGCUCCUGCGGGCCAAGAAGGUGGAGAGGCUGGAUGCGGAGGUGGGCAAGGGGGGCAGGAGGAAGUCGGGCAGCGAGUACCUGGUCAAGCUGGACCACGAGGGCGUGACGUCCCCCAAGAACAAGAACUGCAAGGCCCUGCUGAUGAGCGACAAGGGCUUUGGGCCCAAGCUGGAGAGGCCCCUGCCCAGCCAUGGCUACGCCCACCCAGCUCUGGUGGGCAAGGACAAAAAGGGGCGGGCCCCCAUACACCAGCUGCCCAUGGGGCUGGCGCUGCGCAAGUACUCGGGCCAGGCCGACUACGCCUUGAACUGUGACAGCGACUGCCACAGCUCCUACUCCGACGAGGACGAGGAGACCGGUGGGCUGGGCGCCAGCGUGCCCUCGCGCUUCAUGACGCGCCUCUCGGUCUCCUCCUCCUCCUCCGGGUCCUCCACCUCCUCCUCCUCCGGCUCCAUCUCCACCUCCAGCCUGUGCUCCUCGGACAACGAGGACUCCUCCUACAGCUCCGACGACGAGGACUCCACCCUGCUGCUGCAGACCUGCCUCACCCACCCCGUGCCCACCCUGCUGGCACAGUCCCAGGCCCUGCGCUCCAAGAGCAGCGCCCCGCAGAGGUGCUACAUCGCCAAGGCCGCCGCCGCCAGCGCCAAGGCCAAGCUGAAGCGCAAGGAGGCCCUGAGCUUCUCCAAAGCCAAAGAGUUCUCCCGGAGGCAGCGGCUGCCGUCGGUGGAAAAUCGGCCAAAGAUCUCCGCUUUCCUGCCAGCGCGGCAGCUCUGGAAGUGGUCGGGGAACCCCACGCAGAGAAGGGGCAUGAAGGGCAAGGCCCGGAAGCUGUUCUACAAGGCCAUCGUGCGGGGCAAGGAGACGCUGCGCAUUGGCGACUGCGCCGUGUUCCUCUCGGCCGGCCGGCCCAACCUGCCCUACAUCGGGCGCAUCGAGAGCAUGUGGGAGUCGUGGGGCAGCAACAUGGUGGUGAAGGUGAAGUGGUUCUACCACCCCGAGGAGACCAAGCUGGGCAAGCGGCAGAGCGACGGCAAGAACGCGCUGUACCAGUCGUGCCACGAGGACGAGAACGACGUGCAGACCAUCUCGCACAAGUGCCAGGUGGUGGGGCGGGAGCACUACGAGCAACUGACCAGGAGCAAGAAGUACCAGGAUCGCCAGGACCUCUAUUACCUAGCGGGGACCUACGACCCCACCACGGGCCGGCUGGUGACUGCCGACGGCGUCCCCAUCCUGUGCUGACCCCGCCGGGGGCGAGCCAACCACCCCCCGGCCACCCACCGGCAAACAUGCAGGGGAAAGGAGCCGGGAACCGGGGCCAGGAAUGGCCGAGCACCCUGGGGCCUUUUGCCCCCCUUUCUGGGUGGGCUGGCCGACGAAGGGCUGUGCUGACAUCGGGGGGAGCUCCCCCAGCAGCACCACCUCUGCCCGUUGGAGCCAGGCCCGGUAAUUAUGCAAACCCCGCCCAGCCGCACAACCCCGGCGGCUCCCGCGGAGCAGCGGCUCGGAUCCUGGCCGUGGGGCAGAGCCAGCCUGGCUUGCCGGAGACCCGCACACAGAGCUCUCCUUCCCAUUGGCAGGUGCGGAGAGAUUUGAAUUCAAGCCAUACUGUCCCUAGUACCUCGGACUGUUUGCCAGCAGGUAAAGCAGAAAUCAGGUGUAUUAUUCUAUUUAUUUCUCAUGUAAAUAUUGUAUUUCUUCCGGGAAGUUUUAUGGAAACAGAGAAACCGACAGACAAACGGGGGGGGGCGGGGAGGGUGUUGCAAUGCACUGUUUGCCCUCAGCCUGGCUGAGGCCAAGGACAGCUGGGGUUUUCUGUACAUAGGGAGGGAGCAGGGAGGGCCCCUGGCGUGCUCACCCCGCUGACGGGACCGCACCCGCCUGGCCGGCUGUGUAAUAUAGACCCCCCGGGGCACGCUCCCUCGGUCCUUCGGUGUAUUAUUAUUAUUAUUAUUCUGAUGCUAGUGACCCCGGCGCUCUGUCGGGGGGCACGUGCCCUGGGGCGGGAACAGAGAGAGAGUAUAUAUAUUAUUAUAAACUAGGGCAGGGAGCACACACCCAGAGCCAACUUCCCUCGGGAACCAAACACGCCCGCCACGCACAGACCUGCCGCUCCUGCAUGCACCCACGCCCCGCACAAGCAGGAGACAGGGCUGGCCUGGGCGUCUCCCUGUGGCUCCCAGCCGUGCCAGGACCCCGGGUAAAGGACAUGGGUGGAUGUGUGCAGAUGGGGGAACAGGGCGGGCAUUCGCAUGUGAACGUGGGCACGUGGAGGAGUGGGCACGCAGGGGGUGGGUACGCGGAGGGGUGCACAGGCGCUGAAAGGACAAAGUGCAGGGGUGCCCGACAGCACCGCAUCCCCUCCCAGCUGGGGCCGGGCAGCCCCAACCCUCUUUUCUGAAUCCCAUUAAUCCAUUAAACCAAACUAACCCAGACCCUCUCAGGAGAAGACGCAGGGGCCCGGCUGGAGCCAGCGCUGCCCAUGGGAAGUGGCUGCCCCAAUGCCCUGGGCUGGGGCCCAGCUGGAGCCGAGAUGUCUAUGCUCUUUGAGUGCCCUCAAGCCUGCAGCUCUGGCAAUGGGGCUUACGGCCGGGCUGCCCACCCCCGGGGGAAUUGGGGCUUUUCUGAAAGCAGAAGAACCCAGUGAGAAGGUGCCCGGGGAGGUGGGGCUGAACCAGCCGGGAACGGAUAUUGCGCCCUGCUUAGAGCCCAUUGCCCUGGUAUGCCGAGUGAUCCAGAGGGGCAGUGGGUGGCUUCCUGCAGACAAACCAAAGCACCACCCCCAGCUCACCCACCCCCCAGGGGCUGCGCUGGGAGCCCGGCAGGGACAUCCGGGAGCAGGCCCCUGCCCUUGCCGGCCCAUGUGCAGACACCCCAGCUCUCCCACCCAGCGGCUGCCAGCAUGUCUGCCACAGCUUCCCACUUCCCCCAUGGCAGCCCUGCCCUACAGGGAGGUGGCACCCGCUGGACACAAUGCUGGGCUCUGUGUGGCCCAUGCCAGCUCGGGGUAGUAUGGCCCCACUGAGCGGGCACCCCCAACCAAGGACCAGAUGGCCCCGAGCUGAUGUAAUGUGUUCGGAGGUGCCCCCACGCUCCCAAUACUUUGCUGUCUGUGGUUUCUGCCCACUCCAGUCAGGACCCACGCCCUCAAUGGGGCAGGGGGACGCUGGCCCGUCCCAGCCCCCCCUAAAGCUCCAGAUAGAAGAGAAAGGAGCCUCCCCUCCCCCCGGUGGUCUCAGAGGAACCCAGAUUCCUGAUGAGUGCGUGAGACGCCCCCCCGCAUCCCCCCAGCGGCCGUGCCCCCUCCCCGUGGCUAUGCUGUAGAUGUGUAAAGGGCCGUUCUGCGCCGAGGGGAGGGGUUUUUUUCAAUGUAAACACUAAAAAAACUACAACAAAAAAAGGGGGCAAAGACCCCGGUUUUCUGAACAGCAGACGAUGUAAAGGCCUUUUAGUAUGGAACUUUUCUAUCGAUAACUUGGCUUAUGAAUAAAUAUAUGAAACCUU